AUGAGCAUCUUGAGCUGGAACUGCCGGGGGUUGGGGGGCGACCGGACAGUUCAGGAAUUGCUGGGUCUCGUAUCCAGCCAGCAACCCAGCUUCGUUUUCCUUAUGGAAACGAAAGCUAUGAAGACACAUGUGGAACGAAUAAAACUACGCAUGGGAUUUGAAGGCCUGCUAUGCGUGGAACGAAAUGGCAUGGGAGGUGGUUUAGCUCUGUUUUGGAGGGAUGCGGCUAUGGCCACAUUACUCUCUUAUUCUGCAAAUCACAUCGAUGUAAGUAUUUCUUUACCGGAGACUCCAGAAUGGCGCCUAACUUGUUUCUACGGGGAAUCGGACCAAAAUAGACGACAAGAAUCUUGGGACCUCCUUCGCGAGCUCAGAGAUCGAUCAAUUCUGCCAUGGGUCACCAUAGGAGACUUUAACGAUAUCACAUGCCAGUCAGAGAAACGGGGGCCUCAUUCUCAACCCACGAAUCUCAUUGAGGGUUUUAAUGAUGCGUUUAUGGAUUGUCAGUUAUUUGAUUUGGGCAUGGAGGGAAGUCGGUUCACUUGGGAAAAAGGGCGCGGUACAGAUGCAUGGGUCGAAGAACGCCUCGACAGAGCAAUGGCUACUCACGAAUGGAUCGACAUUUAUGAUUCGGCUAUUGUUCGCAACUUACUCACAAUGGAAUCUGAUCACAACGCCAUCCUUCUUGAUGUGGAAUCAAGAACCUUCCGUCGAGCGAAGAAACGGUUUAGAUUUGAAUCUGCUUGGUUACAAGAUGAGGGUUGUCACAAGGCAGUGGAUCAAGUAUGGCGAUCAACGUUGGGAAUGGAUUUUCAAGAGCGGAUCACGGAGUGUGGUCGUUAUCUGGGCAAAUGGGGGGAUGAUUAUUUUCGGCGCAAUGGUAAACAAAUCAAAUUCCUUAGGAGCAGAUUGGAAAAAUUGAGAGACUCGCGGCAACAACAGGACGUGGCAGAUUAUAUUGAAGCUGAGGGGACACUACAGGGGUUGCUACGACAAGAAGAAGUCUACUGGAAGCAACGGGCAAAACAACUUUGGCUCAAGCACGGAGACCUUAAUACGAAAUAUUUCCACAAAUCGGCCUCAGCCAGACAUCGCAGGAAUCAUUUGCACCGCAUUAAGAACCCUGAGGGUCAGUGGCUUGAUGGCACGAACUUAAAUGGUGAAGUGAUGCGUUAUUAUUCAGACAUUUUUCAGUCUACAGGCAUCAAUGCUGACAUUUUUAACCACGUCCCGAGUCGAGUCUCACCUGAGAUGAACGCUACACUAGCGCUGCCCUUUACCAUCAUGGAAAUUAAAGAAGCUUUGUUUUCAAUGACACCGGAAAAGGCGCCGGGUCCAGACGGUAUGGCACCCGCUUUCUAUCAGCAUUUCUGGCCUAUUUUGGGUCAUGAUUUGUUUAUUUUUAUCACUCACUGUUUGUUGGAUCGAACACUACCACCGGGUCUGAAUGACUCGAUCAUUGUCCUUAUCCCAAAGAAAAAGUGCCCCGAGAAAGUCUCUGAUCUUCGUCCAAUCGCCCUUUGCAAUGUAGUGUACAAGGUUCUUGCCAAAGCUUUAGCAAAUCGUAUGAAAAGCUUACUUCACAGCGUGGUGUCGGAGUCGCAAAGUGCUUUUGUCCCCGACCGUCUACUGACUGAUAAUAUUAUUGUUGCCGGGGAGGUGGGUCACUAUCUGAAGAGGAAGACCAGUGGGGCUAUGGGUUGGACCGCGUUGAAACUCGAUAUGGCCAAGGCCUACGAUCGAAUGGAAUGGGGAUUCCUGGAAGGUAUGCUCACGGCAUUGGGUUUUGACAGAAAUUGGACUCACCUACUCAUGAUGGGAGUCAAAUUAGUGGUCUAUAAUAUCCAGGUAAAUGGCGAGAUUGUGGGUACUAUUUCCCCGACACGUGGCAUUCGGCAGGGAGAUCCCAUAUCUCCAUAUCUGUUCAUCCUUUGUGCUGAGGGACUGUCUAUGUUGUUGCAACAGGAUGAGAGGCAAGGUGACAUUCAUGGUAUUCGUAUUGCUCAGGGAGCGCCGGCGGUGACACAUUUGUUCUUCGCCGACGAUAGUCUUCUAUUCUUUAGGGCCACGAGUACGGAAGCUCAGACAAUCAGGAACUGCCUCGACACCUACAGUGCUGCAUCAUGCCAGGUAAUCAAUUAUGAAAAAUCAAGUAUUAUUUUCAGCGUCAAUACCACUCCGGAAGCCCGUUCUAGUGUGACGGAGUUUGUGGCAGUUCGAGAAUGCAAUGAUUUGGGGCGUUACCUAGGUCUACCUUCGAUCUUGGGUCGUAACAAGUCGGCUACUUUCUGCUAUAUUGAACAGAGAAUUCGGGAGCGGAUUGGAGGUUGGCAACAAAGGUUGCUGUCACGGGCAGGCAAAGAAGUUCUAUUGAAGAGCAUUGCCCAAGCCUUACCCAUAUUCACAAUGUCGGUGUUCUACUUACCGCAACGGCUUUGUGAUACUUUGGAACGCUUAUUCAACCGCUUCUGGUGGGGUGGUGGAGGCGGGUCGACCAGUAGGGGUAUCCACUGGCUUAGCUGGCCCCGACUUUGCUUACCGAAGGCCAAGGGCGGCCUUGGAUUCAAACGACUACACGAGUUCAAUAUUUCUCUGCUUGCAAAGCAGGGGUGGCGCCUAUUGAUCUAUCCGAACUCGCUUGUAAGUCGUCUCUUACGUGCAAAAUACUAUCCCAAUGAUUCCUUUUUGAACGCUCAAAUGGGCCACAACCCGAGUUACCUGUGGAGGAGUAUAAUGGCGGGCCAAGAUUUGCUCAAACAGGGUGCCGCAAGACGCAUUGGCAAUGGUGAGGGAUCGAAGAUUUGGGAAUGGCCGUGGCUUGCCGAUACGGUACAACCCCGUCUGACUACGCCAUGCAUCGAUUAUUUGAGGGAUGCGCCAGUCGCAAGUCUGCUUACGCCUCAAGGCACAUGGGACGUAGGUUUUCUACAUGAUCUCUUUAGUCCGGAAGAUGUGCCUCGGAUUCUAGCCACUCCUCUAUCUCCCACGCUACCGGAUUCUUGGCGGUGGCUUGGUGACACGAGGGGCACGUACACAGCCCGACACGGCUACAAAUUGUUGACGGAUAGCGAUACAUUAGAUGGCUGGAACGACAGGUUCACGGCGUGGGACCGGCUGUGGAAGCUACCCGUUCCUCCGAAAGUGAAUAACCUUCUAUGGCGUUGCAUUAGGGGCAUCGUUGCAGUAAAGGAAGUCCUAAAGCAACGACAUGUGCGGGUUGGCGGGGGGUGUGCGCACUGCGGGUACCAGGUGGAAACGGCGGAGCAUGUGUUUUGCGAAUGCAUGGUAGCGACGCGUCUCUGGGAGAACGUUAAUGUUCUACGGGGCGGCUCUAUUUUGGAGUUCUUGGACGUACUCAUUAAGAGCGCACCAACACAUCAGAUCAUUCGCGCAGCAGCCAUUUUCUGGGUUCUGUGGAAGGCUAGGAAUGAUAAAAUCUGGCGAGACACUUCUAUUUCAUCCGAGUCAUUACUAAUCCAGGUACACUCUCUACAGGCUCUUUGGUCCUCUAUCAUGCGAACACCUGGGGAGGCAUCAUCUUCUACAGCAUCUAGCGCUAUCUGGACUCCACCGCCAGCUAAUUGGUUGAAAUGUAAUGUGGAUGCAGCUCUCUUCGCUACUGGGGCAGGCUUUGGAGCCGUGGUUAGUAAUCAGGAUGGUAACUUCAUGGCGGCCAAAGGUGGCAGGCUUGGAAGUAUUCAAGAUCCGUUACUAGCUAAGGCCUCGGCGAUUGCACAAGCGCUGGAUUGGUUACGAAGUAUAGGUCUUAAUAAUAUCAUUUUAGAGACCGAUUGUUUAUUGUUUAUUUCAGCUUUUAAUUCUGGUCAUUCUGAUUUUUCGUAUGUUGGGUCAAUUGUAAAGCAAUGUUUUCAAAUUGCUAAUGACAUUGGGACCGUUCAGGUUCGCCAUGUCAAGAGGUCAACGAAUCAUGUAGCUCACGUUCUUGCGCGGGCGACAGAUUCUUCGUCUGUCCUAGGGUCGUGGUUGGUUAACCCGCCUUCGUGUAUUGCCGCUCUUCUGAGCUAUUAA